ACCAGCGAGCUCCUAGCAGGCAGCUCGUGUGCGCUACCAUCUGUGUGUUUAUUUUCCUCGUGAGAGUCAGCAAGACAGACACCACCAGGAACGGCGGCUCACAGUAAACGUCAAAAUCGAAAUAUUUCACCUGCACAUACCGAUUCUAGCAACUAACAGUCAGCGUCCAGUUCAUUGUACGUGGGCCGUCAUGUUCGACCCCACGCAGCACGGGUUGAGCCGGGACUUUCGGCUCACCAAAUUCUCCACUUUACGCGGGUGAGGUUCGAAGAUUCCUCAGGAUGUCCUUAACCGGCUUCUUCGAGGAGUUUACAGCGAACAGUUCGCCGCCUCCGAUAGGGCGAAUUCGUCCGCUGGUGGUGGAAACGAUGGAAGUGAAGUAGAUAAUAAGGAAAGUGCCGCUGAUAGUGCUGAGGGCGUUGGAAUUGGACUUGAUUCCUCCGUGAUCCCGCUGAAGAACGACCUACAACUAGUUCAGACCGUAGACUUCUUCUACCCGCUGAUUGAUGAUCCGUACAUGUUGGGUCGUAUCGCGCUGGCCAAUGUGGUCAGCGAUGUGUACGCCGUGGGAGCGUUGCAUAUCGACGAAAUCAAACUGGUUUGCUCUGCGCCGACGGAAUUCACUGACGAGGAACGGGACACUGUGGUGCCGAUGAUCAUCAAGGGUUUCCAGGAUGCUGCGGCGGAAUCGAAAUCGCGUGUCCGAAUAGGAAGUAUUGCAGUGAACCCGUGGUGCAUCAUCGGCGGGAUUGCAACGGCCGUUUGUCACAAAUCGGAACUGAUACUGCCAUACUACGCACAAGCUGGAGAUUCCCUCAUACUGACAAAGCCUCUCGGAACACAACUAGCCACAAAUGCCUUCAUCUGGAUGACUGAAGAUUCGGACAACUGGAAAACGCUUUCGAAGCAGUUCAGCAAGUCGGAGAUUGAGAAAACGUACCAAGUGGCACUCGAGUCCAUGUCCCGUUUGAACAAAUCCGGUGCCGAGUUGAUGCAUAAAUUCAAUGCCCAUGCAGCUACAGAUGUGACCGGAUUUGGUCUGUUUGGUCACGCGGAUAAUCUGGUAAAAUUUCAAAAGGAAGCGGUUGACUUUGAAAUUGACACGCUCCCAAUCAUAAGAAAUGUGGCGGAAAUUGCCGAAAUGCUUGGGCGCAGCACUAAGUUGAUGGCAGGGAAAGCAGUUGAAACAUCCGGCGGUCUGUUGAUUAGUUUGUCUUCGGAGAGAGCGCAGCAGUUUUGCGAGGAGUAUGAGCAGGUUUCGGGGCACACAGCUUGGGUGAUCGGCAAAGUGAUAACCGGUAGCCGCACGGUCAGAAUGAGCACAAAUCCAACGAUACUCAGCGUUGAUUAGGCAUUUUUAGAGUGGAUUCUGAAAAUUCAGUUGAAAAGCAGCUCAGUAUCAUUUGCAUGGAAGAACGUAUGAAGCGGGCUUUUAAAGGUUGAAAUGCUGGUAAGCUUGUGGAAGUUUUUCUCUCUUGGAGGUGGUCGAUGUGUAUUGCUUUUCACUGAAUUUUUGAUGAAAUUUUAUAUAUUUAGUAAAACCAAAAUUGUUAACAAUAAAUAAUUGAAUUAAACAA